GCUCUCCCCCGAGAAGAAGAGAGAGAAACAGGGAGGUCAUAAGAUUGUGUGCUUGGCUCCAUUUUCUAUCCCAUUUUCUGUUUUGAUAGCUGGGAACUGGGGACGGUGGAAGGGAGAGAAAAUUGAAUUUCUCUCUCUUCUGUGCGUUUAGUUUUUGAAUUUUCCCGGUACACGGUUUGAGGGAUUCAUUAGGGUUUGGGCUGGGUCGUAUUGUGUCGUUGGUGGAAUCCGAAACCAUGAAUAUGAUGCGACGGCUGAAGAGCAUUGCUUCUGGGCGAACUUCCAUUUCGUCAGAUCCUGGAGGGGAUUCUAAUACCAAGAGAGCUAAGUUUGAUCAAGAAACUGAAGGAAGAGUCAAUGAGGAAACAAAUCCUGUUGAGAGAGGCAGCACACACGUUGAGCAGCAUGGUUGUGCGCCAGGAGAUACUACUGUAGGAUCAUCCAAUGUAUCUUUGGUGGAUAGAACAGAGAAAUCAGGUUAUGACCAGCUUCCUAAAGAAUUGAAUGAAAUGAAAAUUAGAGAUGAGAAGGGCAACAACCGCAAUGAAAAGGAUAUGGAGCCAAGUAUUGUCAAUGGCAAUGGAACUGAAACAGGGCAGGUAAUUACUACAGCAAUUGGUGGUCGUGAUGGACAACCAAAGCAGACCAUAUCAUACAUGGCAGAACGUGUGGUUGGUACUGGUUCCUUUGGUGUUGUUUUCCAGGCUAGGUGCCUUGAAACUGGUGAAACGGUUGCCAUAAAGAAGGUUUUGCAAGACAAGAGAUACAAGAACAGGGAACUACAGGUUAUGCGCAUACUUGACCAUCCCAAUGUUAUUCAACUAAAGCACUGUUUCUUUUCAACCACUGAAAAAGAUGAGUUGUACCUGAACCUGGUUUUGGAGUAUGUACCAGAAACCGUCUACAGAGUUUCAAAGCACUAUAUCAGAAUGCAUCAACAUAUGCCUAUUAUUUAUAUACAACUGUAUACAUACCAGAUAUGCCGUGCAUUAAACUAUCUACAUCAUGUACUUGGCGUCUGCCACCGUGACAUCAAACCACAGAAUUUAUUGGUUAAUCCUCAUUCUCAUCAGCUAAAGAUAUGUGAUUUUGGGAGUGCAAAGAUGCUGGUGCCUGGUGAACCCAACAUAUCAUAUAUAUGUUCACGUUAUUAUAGAGCACCUGAACUCAUAUUUGGGGCAACUGAAUACACAAAUGCUAUUGAUAUGUGGUCUGUUGGUUGUGUUUUGGCUGAGCUCCUUCUUGGACAGCCUAUGUUCCCUGGGGAGAGUGGAGUUGAUCAGUUGGUGGAAAUCAUUAAGAUAUUGGGGACACCAACCAGGGAAGAAAUAAAGUGCAUGAAUCCAAAUUACUCUGAAUUUAAGUUUCCUCAGAUUAAAGCACACCCAUGGCACAAGGUUUUCCACAAGAGAAUGCCUUCAGAAGCGGUUGAUCUUGUAUCAAGGCUGCUCCAGUAUUCACCAAAUCUGCGGUGCACUGCUUUGGAAGCAUGUGCACACCCCUUUUUCAAUGAUCUGAGAGACCCAAAUGUGUGCUUGCCGAAUGGGCGGCCGCUGCCUCCUUUGUUUGACUUUACAGCACAAGAGUUGGCUGGUGCACCUGCUGAGUUGCGUCAUCGACUCAUUCCCGAACACGCAAGGAGUUGAUUUGAUUAUCAAGAAUCAUGAAUACAAAAGUAGGGAAGAGUGUAAAUGGGUUUUUGGAUGAAUAGAUAUACCCAUAGCAAUAAAUGCUCUACUGCUUCCUGCCAUAGUAGGUCAGAUCUCUGUUGUCCUGCCUGCAGAAUCGCAUGACUGCACAUCUCAUACAAGGAACCUUAACAACUUGCAAGCACUGUUCAAGGACCAUGUAAAGACCUCCGGUGGGGAGAAACUGAGGAGGAUUAAGUGGGGACUGCUGUCUGGAUAUAGGGUUUCCAGCUUUUAACUUCCUAGUGUAGUUUAUGAAUAUGAUGUAUGCUAUGCUAUGCUGCAAUUCUGAAAGAUGAUGAGUUCUUGAAAUAUUGUGAUAUGUUUAAUUAGUUCAUGGAUUGUUCCUGAAA